AAUGAGCGUGACAGGCAGACGCGAAAAUAAUAAACUUUGAACCUUUACGAGCCUUUAGCUCUAACAGAUUUUAAUACCUUUUGUUCUGGUAAAUAAAAUCACACCCAAAAAAGGUAUGUUAUGCGUUAGAAAGAAAAAGAUAAUCAUGGUUUAUUAUGAUAAAAUUUUCUAAGGGCCAUGAGCCCAUGAUGAUCUUUGGCCUAUAAAUAUUAUAUAAUAUUGCCAAUAUUGCCAAAACCAACCUAGAUUAGUUUUAAGAUAUAGCUUUAUCAAAUAUCUCUUAUUUUUUUAUAGAGAUGUGUGGCCGUACCAGAGAAAGCAGAAUUAAUCUAAUUUAAGGUUGGCUUUCCCCAAAUAUAAACACAAGUUUACUCAAGUGUCUAAUCAAUCAAUUAUACGUUCAUCAAAAUACUAAAAAUAAUAUUAAAUCAAUGAUGCAUGUAUAUGUGACAUGAUAAUUGGAUAAUGAUUUAUAUACUGUAUUUGUUGGCCAACUUUGGUUUUUAUUCAAUAUAUUGCAUGCACAUAUAGAUAAUGAAAAAUUAUUUAAUAGAUCAGCCUAUAUUUAAUAUGCAUACUGUAGUUCACACACAAUACCAUUUAACUAUGAUAAAAUUUUGAAUGUUAUAUACAGGUAUUUCACAAAUUGGGCAUCAGCCUUUAAGGGGCUUUUUACAAGGAGCUGUUGACAAUUUUCUCUCACAAUCCCCAGUGCACCCUACUUUUUUUUUACUUGAGGAAGAUGAGCUCAGUUUCUGCAACUGAAGCAUGUGCAGAACGAUGGAUAGUGAUAUCGAUUUCCAGAGGCUUCUGGUUGAAAUGCCCCUCCCACCAGACUCGAACAAAAAGCACGCCUCUGCAGCUUAAUGGGUUAAAAAUAACUAGAACAAGUUACAAGUGGUUACUUUUUUUAAAGAAUACAUCUGCUGAUCCACAAUAAUAGUGUAUAAGCAGCCCUGGGAAUCACCGAUAGCCCAAUACAUCACAUUUCUGAUUGUUAAAUAAUAGAUAUUGAGUCAUUAGGGUAGUGAGAUUCAGUCAAUGUUUUUCCUAAUCCAAUAGUUUUUUAAUGUUUUUUUACACAAUAUAGCUCUACAAUGGAGAUACAAUCAAAGGAUGAACUUAUUGAGCAAAUUUCUUUAGCAGUAGAACAGGUAGUGCCUCUGAUUAAACAUACAGUAAUUAUAUAACAGGUUUGCAAAUUAACUACAAAAACCCGCUAAGAGGUGAACCCAUCCCCAGAAUGUAUUGGUGAUACCCUCAAGCACAUCUUAGUUAAGUUGAUUGAGAGAUAGUAGAGUCUUCAUUCUAGUCACACAAGUUCUUUGUGUAGUUAAGCUUCUGAAUUAACCCUUUAAGUGGCAAUGCACCCAGAUGCGCCCUACUUUAGUAUUUUACUCUGUCCAAUGCCAGACGAUUUUACUCGUCAAGUGGAGAGUACUGCCACUCAAUGGGUUAUUAAGGAACCUUUAUUGAAGAUCCCGAAUGACACAUAUGUCACACCAUUAUAUUCCCCCAACAAUUUCAUACAUGUUGAAACUGACUAUUGCAGGUGUUUGCACCUAUUUUUGUCAGGGAUGGAUUUACUGGGGGUGCGCCCCCCCCCCCUCCCCCCCUAGGGUUGCUAUUUUUCAUGGUAAAGCAAGAAAACAAAAUUGAGAUACUGGUACAGUAAUUUGAGUAAUAACAUGAUGAUAAGCACAGGGCUUUAUCCAAGCACUUUUGCUGACCCCCGUUUUAGAAAAGAAGAUUCAGUUUUUGUGACGCACUAUCGUAUUCUAGCGUAUUUUCUCUGCGGUUUUUCACUCUUCCAGUUCAAACUAGGUUGUGUAAAUUUUAGAUUUUAUUUCGAAAAAUUCACUUUCUAUUUGUAAUAUUUGUUAUUCUUCAAUCAUUCCAUUUCAUUUUGUGAUUUAAUCGACAUUUUUAUCAGAAAUCCAAACAUGCAUGCCAUAUCUAAGCAUGGUGGGCACAAGACAAAAUAUUCGAUAGAGGUAGCUUUAUAAUAUAAACAUGUCGUUUUAUUUUAUUUUGAAAAAAAAUCAGCUCAAAUUAAUAACCCUGUUUCGCGGAAUUCCAAAAACUAAAGCAUGUGAAAAUGAUUUUUUGUUGUUUUUUGUUGGGGGAAAGAUUCAGUUUAAAAAUUCAAUCCAUGGCCAAGAUUGAGUUUUGGAUCCAUCCCUGAUUUUUGUGGGUGUGGCUAUGAGCUUGCAAAGCUUAAAUAGCUGUUUCAAAUUUUUUGGUAUUUUCUAAAAAUGUUUCAUUCAAAUAUAACCGUCUUAUUGAUGGUUGGAUAACCAGCUAGAUUGCUUCACGACUGAUAUAGAAAUGCAGUCAGCAACAUCAUGGGACAAAUCAGAUAUCUGUAUUUGCCUGGGGAGGAGGUACAAGGUAUGAUGGACAGAUUUAUUAAUUAAAGCAAAAAUAUCUCACCUAGGUCCAAAAGCAAUUUGUGCAAGGAGGAAAUGUAAUUAAAGAUUGCCAAGAAACAUUUUUCUUAUGUCAAUGUGUUGAUAAUAUUCUUCAUCAUGGACUGAAAGAAGGGUAGAGUAUACUGUAUAAACCUACAUAAUUAUGUAUUAAUUACAAUUAAUUACAAUUAAUAACAAUUAAUUAAUUACAUAAUUACUAAUUAGAAUGCUUCAUGUAUGACUGUUUUACAGGUUGAUAUCCUGGGCAGUGGAACCAACUAUAUGGCCAUUAUUGGAGAAAAUCACUUGUAGUAAAGAUAUUGAAGAGAUAAAAAUGUACUAAGGAUUCAUUUUUUUAUUUGAACAUUAAGACCUGUUUACACUUGCAAUUUUUGCUGCGAUUUUCUUCUUUUGAUGUAUGUGAACGAGUGGAUGAGUUAUGAAUGUUCAGAUGAGGAUGCACAUACUCAGAACAAUCAUAACCCAUCUCACUCGUUCACAUGUAUCAAAAGAAGAAAAUCGCACUAGAAAUCGCAGCGAAAAUUGCAAGUGUAAAGGCCCGUUUACACAGGCGAUUGUUGCUGCGAUUUUGGUUGCGAUUUUCUCCUUUUGGAGGAUAUGAAGGAGUAGAUUUUAUGAAAUUUCAUAACCUGGAACAUUUAUAACUCAUCCACUCCUUCACAUCCAUCAGAAGAAGAAAAUCGCCCUAAAAUCGCAGCAAAAAUCGCCCGUGUAAACGGACUUUAACAGGCCUUUAGAAUGCUAAUAUAUUGUAAUAACUGAAGAUCUUGCAAUUUCUGAAUUUUCUAGAUGUUUAAGUAAACUAAAAAUCUUAACUUUAGGUUACGUCUUAAAACGGACAAAGAGAAAUGCAGUGCAUGGAUCAAAAUGGCGGUGAAUGAAAACUUACUGGGAAGUUAUAUUGCCACUAUAAAUCAAGACAAAUCUUUAUUAAGGUGCUUAUUCUUAUUGAUUAGAAUUAUUAGGAUUGCUAUUCCUAUUUAUCUUUUUACUGUACAUAAGUCACAUUUGUUUAUUAUUAAGUCAACAAUUUAACCAAGAAAUUUCACUAUUGCAGCAACCACUAUUAUGAAUAUGCCUUCUUACGUGACCCUGUGAUGGCAGAUACUGUUAAAUCUCUGCUCAACUACGGAAUAGCAAAUUUUGAUUUUCAAAUGUAUGUAUACAUGAAAUUAUAUAUUGUGGCUUCGAAAAUUCCCCUUGUCCUUUUAACGUAAGCUUAAAAUACGCAUUCAAAUAGUAGUAUAUGGAAAACGUAUGAAGCUGUCCUUCAGUAGCAUUGUAAUAACGUGUCGUGUUUGUGUUCAAAUGAGGUGGACAGCUACUGUGUUUAUCUUUAUUAUUUAAAAAAAGUAUCUAGUUAAAAAAAUUAGAGUAAGACAAAAAUAAAAUAAGAUAUACACAGUAGCUGUCUGCCUCAUUUGAACACAAACACGACAAGGUUUAUGGAAAAAAGAUUGUUGCCUCAAGAAAAGGAACUAUAAUUUCAGGACUGCAUGCAAUGUCUUUUGAAGAUUUUUAAUAUUAGUUCAUUGUUAAAAAAACCCAGAAUAAAAUCACAUUCGUCAUAUCAUGUUUUCUAGCGCUGUCAGUCAAAACCAUCCUUCCAAUCAAAUUGAUAUAACAACAAAACAAGGUAGGUCAGGAAAUAGCUUUUAGAAAAAUAAAGCCUUUUUGAAAAACAAAGCUUUUUUGUAAUAGAAAAUUGGACGCAAAUUCUUCCGGUUCUAUUUAUACGUUCCGAAUUGCAUGGGAAUUUCCAUCCGGUUAGCUGUUCUGGAAAAGUGGUUCGUGCUUCCGCUGUGAACUCGUGAAGCGAAAUCGUGCAAUACUGGUCUCGUGUUACAGGCUGAUGUGAACAGAGCCGAUGUCAAGUGUAACUAAUAAAAUCUUCUUUCGAAGAUUAAUUUAUUACGCCCCAGAUAGAACCGUAUUACAGAAGGGGGAAGAACGUGUAAGUCAAUAAUAAAGAUUGGAAUAGCAUUGAUACGAACAUUAGAAAGUUGAUAAGCUCAAGUAGUUUUAAGAAUUAAGAAUAAACUAUACAGAAACUUUAGAGGCUCAGAAAAUUUCUUCACUUUAAAACUUCGUAGGCAAUUAUUCACCGAAUAUUAAUGUUGAUCUAUUUUAGACUCUAUUUAUUCUUUUACUUCAUGUAUACAAUCUAAACUUUUAAAUUACUGUAGCAAUCUAACUGUAGGAUCAUAUAGAGUCAUCAGUAUUAUGUACUGCCAAAUGUUAUCUUCUAUAAAUAAAGUUAAUUAAAUUUAACAUUCGCGUUUUGUCUUUUCUAGAACGUUCAAUUGGAUACGAUGCGUUCGAGCGCACUGCCAGGUCAAAGGAGAACGGCUACGAAUCUCCGAAAACAGAAUCUGGACUCAUAACCGCGCAAGAAACCUGGAGUAAGAAAAAACGGAAGAAAAAGAAACCGAGCGUAAAAACGGUCGUUAUCGAAGAACAGAAUGAUUAUGGUGGAUUUGAUGAGAUGAAAAGCACUGAAAAAGAAAACGUGGAUAUAGUUGAGAAUAGUGUUGAGGAACAUAGUAAGGAAGUCUUGACGAAAGACGGGAGUUUUACUAGCAUUCAUGAAGAUAAUACGCUUUUAAGCAAUACGGAUGGUAAACAAUGUUCGAAUACGGUAGAAUCGUCAUUGGCUACGAUUGACCAAUCAGGUGACAGUACAGUCAGUGACGUAAGAACUAAUAGUCCCGAUGCAUCGUCAAAUGGUCACGUGACUAACCCGGCCAAUGAUGAUAAAGUUAACAGGACAGGCGACCAAUCAGAUGGUUUAGAAGAGGCGAGUUAUGAAAGAACAGUUUUUGUAAGCAAUGAGCUGGACCAGUACUUGUCUCUUAACAGCCAACAGAAUUCUGAAACGAACUCGCAAUAUAAGGAAAGAAAUAAGGAAUUCGAUUCUUUAGGGAGAAUUGCGGAAAUAAACUCCAGUUCUAUGCAGGAAUUUAGUGCAAACGAUUUUCUUUUAGAUGAAACCGAACCACAAAGUCAAAGUAAUAAUAAUAAAGAGAAAACUACGAACCGUUUCGAGGACCACUCAAGUUUCAGUACAAAAGAUAGCUCAAUGGAGCCCAAAACAGAUCAUACCCCUCCUGAUCAUACCCCUAGUUCUGAUUUCACAAACUUCCAGCAAAGCUGUGAAAAUUCUGAUUCUGGAAAAGAAAUUUCAAAUUCACAGAAAUCUGAAAAAGAUACAUCUGGGAGUUUAGAGGAUAAUCAAGGACCAAGUGGUGCAAAUGAAGAAUUGACAGAAAAUUUAUUAAAUUCUAAGGAGGAGGAUUCUUCGAGUUUUCCAAAAUCUAAUGAGGCAAGACGUACACCGGAGAAUUCCAGGGAAACUGAAGAACAUAGCGAUACGAAUGAAGAAUUAUCAGAAACUCCAAAGUCUAAGGAUUACAGUUCUUCAAUUUCUCAGAAAUCUGAGAUAGGAAGGAUUGCUGGGAGUAUUAAAGAACAAAAUGAUUCAAAUAAUGAAUUUUCAGAAAUUCUGAGCAGCGGUAACGCGUAUGAUUAUCGUGUGAGGAAAGUCGAAAAUCCAGAAUUCGUCUCAUCUUCUUACGGGUCGUCCUCGGCUCUGAGCGAUUUCACAGACGACGAUAGAGACCUCAAUUUUAUUCCCGGAAUUCAUAGAAUAUCCUCAAAAUCGUUUUCAUCAUCUUUCGAGAGAAAAAGCAUGGCCGAUAGUUUGCUGUCAUUUGAUGAGAAUGGCUUUCCAGUGUUUGAGUCCUCACAUUAUACAGAGUCGUUAACGUCACAGCCUUCUAGCAUUGAUGAUAGCAGCAGUAGGUUUGCAGAUCUUUCAAGUGAAUGGGAUAUGUUUGAAGAUUUACUCAAUGUAGAGGAGGAACAUUUUUCAAAGCCUGAUGUAAGUAGUUGCGUGAUAUAAUAGUAGUUGUUUUGUUUUGUUUCUUUGUUUUGGAUGAAAACGCCACCAGGAGUCAUUACGACAUUGGAGAGUUUAAGAUUCGCGUUUCUGGGCAACGGCAAUCGACAGGACCGAACUUUCUUGGCACAAUUUUCGUUUAACUUUUUCGUUUCACAUUUUCUUUCUUAUGUCAAAAGAAUAGUAGGCACUGCAGUUUUAAAACAACAAGCCCAUUUACUCUUUAUUGCCUUAUAGCGUAAACGUUUGCGUUUUUCGUAUGAACCCUUUGAAUUUGUGCAGGCACAUUUUAAUUAGAUUACUGGCAUUUAAAUAAUAUUUAUAACUCUCAAAAACUAAAAUACGAUUCAUUUUUGCAGGUACAUUUUGAAGUUAUGAAUUUUGCUUGCUGGCACUAACAGUCAACUUGACAGUCAUACGGCGUAAAUAAGAGUAGAUCUAGCUUUAUAUAUUGUUUAAAAAGUUUGUACGACUCUUUUAGAAUUUUGCUGGUCUAACAACGAGCGAGGAGCUGGAGAUUGCGAUCGAACAUUAUAAGAAAAUGAUUAAAAUGAGAAAAGGGAAGUCUCAACAACGGGAUGACUUGGUUAAAAAACUUGUCAAACUUCGUUUACGGUUACAACAGGAAAGAGUAUGUGUCUAGUUAUUUUAACUGGAUAACUUUAUCAGUUCUAAACUGUUCUCGCUAGAGGUCCUGUUCAAGGUUCUUCAGAAAUCUUGUCUGAAUCAGUAGGAGUUUUCUUCUCUGUUUUGAAAUAAACAGACGUGCAGAAAUACAGGAACUCUAACAGCAGGUUAAAUUUUAAUCGAGGGUUGGCGCUAACCCCCCCCCCCUUGAACAACUGGCUCCAGGUUAAAAGCACAUAUAUACUGUUAACCAUUGUUCCUGUGUUCCAGCAAUACAUUUUUAGACUUGGUAUAAGGAGGUUAAGACAGAGAGAGUGUAACUAAUAAUUUCAAUAUCAUAAUAGACAACUUGCAUGUUAGACUAAUUUUUGAUCUAGGCAAAAAAAGUAAAUUCCCGUAACGAACUUAUUAAAAUUAGUAAAACUGCAAAAUUUGGUUACGAAAUGUUGUAAAAUACAGAAAACAUAGCAUUGCGAAAUUUGCACAUUUUGUAUAUGUUUGUAUUACGUGCGGAAAUUGUUACCAUCUUUGAGCCGAAAAUGGUAACAAUUUCCGCGCGUAAUACAAACAUAUACACAAGCUUUACAACAUUUCGCAACCAAAUUUUGCAAUUUUACUGAUUUCAUUAUGUUCUUUUUAGCUGUGGUGUUUGAUUCCCUUCUCUUUACUUAGAUUAAAAUUUAGUCUAACAUGCAAGUUGUCCAUUACCUUAGGAAGGUCCUCCGGCUGACAAUCCACAACUUCGUAAGAUCGUGAGUCAUCAAUUCAGUAAGACAGAAGGCUCGUCAGGAACGAAGUAUUUCUGUGAUCAAUGUGGUAAAAAUAUCUGGACGAUGUGGCAAUCAAUGUUUACCUGUAAUGGUUAGUAUGUAUAUAUAAAGGCUAGUUCACAUUAUCAAAGUUUCUGUGAUCACAGUAGGAAUUUUGCAAAGAUAAAUUCGAAGGAUUUGUACAAACUGUUUGAGGAAACCAACUCAGUACUAAAACCGAGUCAUCAUCUUAUAAAUCCUUCAAAACGUAGAAUUUAUCUAAGCAAAAUUGUAUACUGUGAUCACAGUCUCUCUACUCUGCAGAGGCUUCAGUUGGCUAUGAUUACGAUUAGUAUUGAGUAUAAAGUGCAGUGAAAUGUAUCUCAAUACUAAUCGUAAUCAUAGCCAAAUUAUUGAAGAUCCUAAUUUCCUAGAAUAUCAGAAUAUGUUUCGUAUUUCUUACAGGUUGUGGCUAUCGUUCUCACAGAAAAUGUCUGGAACAUAUUCAAAGACCUUGUCCCAAUAAGAACGUACGAAUUACUUCUAAAUUCGAUGUGAUAAUUGCAUAAAUUUUGUUUUUGAAAAAAUUGUGAUAAUUCAGCAAUUGAAAAAUUAGUACAUUAACAUAUUCGUUACAUAAGCAAUUAAAUUUUGUUUUUGAAAUACAAAAUUGUAUAUUUGUUUCCAAUACUAGUCAUUUUCUUUCAGUUAUCUUCAGCGUCAUAUAUUCUGGAUAUAUGCCCCGACACUGGAUUAGAUGCACAGCAAUACAGAUGCGCUGAAUGCAGGAAAGAAAUCGCGUUUUCAAGUAAGUGGAGACACUUAUUCAAACCUAGACGUUGGUACUGGCAGAAACCAAAAGUGACCAUUGUUUUGGGAAGCAUUCGAAUUUUUCAAUGUUUCCGAAAUCAAUGUUUCUGAAAAAUUUCGGAAAUAUUUUUGGUAUCCCAAUUUUCGGUUUUGUUACGGCUUUCAAUGUUCCCUGGUUUGCCCAGGCGAUCCCAUUUCGCCAAAAUAAUGUAGCUUCCCAGUUUGACAAAGGUCUUAGACUUAAUGUCAAAUCUAAAUUGUCCCUUUGUUAGAAGACGAUGUAGCCGAGGCGAGGAUCUGUGACUAUACUGGUCAAUACUUCUGUGACAGCUGUCACUGGAAUGAUCAAAUAUCUAUCCCUGCUCGAGUCUUACGGAACUGGGAUUUCACUCAACAGAAGGUAGAGGUUAUUGAUGGAUUUAAGUAAGCCUUGUACAGGGUCUACUUCAGAAAUGUUGAAACUUGACAGAAGCAAGAAACGACAUUCUCUGAAUUUUGUAUAUUUACCUCCAAGUACAAGACUAUAUAGACCCAUUGCAUUGACGUCACAAAUCCUUAAAGUGUCCUCCAGAUGCUCCCUAACAAUAUUACCGAAAUCAGUAGAGUGUCUUUUCCGGAAGUUGAAAAGACAGUCGAAAGCCAGUAGAAACGUUCAUGUUUUAUGACGUCACGGUGAAGGAAUGCAGCGUGGAACUUGUAAGUUAUUUUACUUAUUAGUAAACUUUAUUUAGUUUGACAAAUUUGCCAAUGGCUCGCCAAACACAAAACAAGCUUUUGAGCAAAGGGAGAAGUUCUAGGGUGAGGCGGUAAAACCGAUGUUCUUUGAAAACCGAAUUACUCGAUGUUACUUUUGGAGAAAGACCGGAAAACCGAAAAAACCGGAGGAAAACCGAAAUCCAACCAUACUUAUACGGGUCUGUUGCAAAUGAAUCAACUUUGGCAUUUACACACGAAAACUAAAGAGAUUUUGUUUAAAAUUUGAUAACAUCUUCAAAAUACCUUACGUUUAAUAUCAUUCUACAAUUUCGCGCGAGCUUGAGGUCUUGAACGGAUAAGCGGAUCAAACGAUGGUGAAUUUUGAUUCGCUGGUAAUAAAGGCGGACGUCUGCGAAGACAGGUUUAAGAUAUUCAUAUAGCGUGUUGUGUCUUUUUUAAACCGUAGUUUCGAUUUUCGAACAUAUUUUUAAAAAAAAAACCCGGUUCACUCGGUUUUUUCGGGGUUUUUUGGUCGGUUUUCGUUUUUUUGUAGAAACCGCCUCACACUAGGGAGAAUCUUUAUUCGUGGGAAGGCACUUAAGUAAAGUUACUAAUAAGUAAAAUAACUUACAAGUUCCACGCUGCAUUCCUUCACCGUGACGUCAUAAAACAUGAACGUUUCUACUGGCUUUUGACUAUCUUUUCAACUUCCGGAAAAGACACUCUACUGAUUUCGGUAAUAUCUGUUCGGGUACAACAAAAUUAUUAUAAACUUUUACAAAAUUUGCUUUUUUACAAAAGUUAUAUUAUGCAUAGAUUGCUAAUUUGUCCUCCAGAUGCAUCGUCACCGGCGUUGUGACGUUAUGUGCAAUGGGUCUAUAAUGGGAAAGACUUAGAAUAUAGCCCCCUAUAUUAAAGUCAACUACACGACGUAUGCAUGUACUGUACAUAUAUAUAUGUCAGUGUAUUUAUGAAUUAGGACUUACGACUCAUCCAAUAUUGCUCUUCAUUACAUUGUUACAAAGUGUAUUUCGAAAUAUUCCAUCGAAAGGGCACUUGAUUGAUACAGUAAUGAUGAAUAGUUAUUAGUUUUUCAAGUGUAGACUCUAAGCAACGCAUAACAAAUUUCACUCUGUUCUAUCAUUUAACCUUUCCCAUGACUUUUCUGGGGAGGUCCAAAACGAUCUCAGGGGAGGUGCCCCCCCCCCAAAAAAAAAUCCGGCCAUGCUGAUAAUUACAGGUUGACCACUAGAUAUCUGCUGCAUGACAGUGCUUAGUGAAACGCAUCUAUUUGUUAGAGUAUCGAAAUAUCUACUGCAAACCCGUUAGCUUCUGCUUCUGAAAAUCAUUCUUAAGAUUGUAUGAUUGGUAUUUUUUCCUAGGUUUGUCGUAAAAUAAAACAACUGCUGGAACUUAUGAAGACAAGACCCAUACUUAACAUACAGGAAAUCAAUCCCAUGUUAUACAGAUAUGUCGAGGAAUUGAGAGAAGUCGGGGUACGAGUAGGGAUAAUUGAAAUGGUUUUCAAUAAAAUAGAAAGAUUUAGCAUUACUAUAAGGUUGAGUUCAAACGCCAAAUUUUUCAUGUGAUAAACCUAAUGCAAAUCAACUCAAAUGAUGAGUUUAGUAAAUGACAUUUGCUUCGGCAUAUGAUAAGCCUGACUUUUGAACCUGGCCCUGGUUGUUCAAAGGCAAAGCUGGAUUAGAGCUAAAUCUAGGUUAAAAUUUAACCCUUUGGUUUGGAUACAUCUGCAAAUCCGCUUUCUUCAAAACUUUAGAAGAUAAUACUUCUAUUGUAAUAUUGUGUUGAUCCUGACAAGAUUUUUGGAAAACUAUUUUAUGUUAGCUGUUGGGAGAAUUGCCAACCGCUAUUUUAUGUUAGCUGUUGGGACAUAUCCGUUCACGAAACAUAUCCGUUCACGAAACAUGGGGAUAUCACCUUCAUGCGUGCCUUAGGGUGCCUACCAUGCUAAAAUAGGUUCGAUACGAGCCAGCUAAUUAUGCAUGCAUUGAUUUUUUAGAAAUUUCGUGAAGAUAUUCUUAUAAUGAAGAAAUAUUUCUUGACAUGCCGUGAAGCUCUUGACAGUAAAUUAUUAAUACAGGUGUGUGCUCUUAUGACGUCCCUCAUACCUUUCCUUUCAUUCUUUUCUUAUUCUGGGAAAAUGCAAUGCACACAUGGAAACUAUAGUUAAUAACCACAAAUAUGAUUUUUGUUAUGUGUAAUAUUUGGAUCAUUCGAGGAAGAAAUAUAAUAUUUAUCUUUAUAAUAAAAAAUCCCAUCUUGAUCAACUUUUUCACUGUCAAAGUUUGCGCAUAUGAUGUCAUUAGAUGAAUUGCAAAUUAGUUCUAGUUUGUUUUUUGUACCAAAAGUUCACCCAAUAACAUCAUGUCUGGAAACUUUGACAGUGAAAAAGUUGAUCAAGAUGAAGUUUCUUACUAUAAAGAUAUAUUACAUUUUUUCUUAGAAUGACCCAAGUAUUAUUACACAUACCAAAAAUUAUAUUUGGGGUUAGUCGCACUUUAAUCAACACUUGUAGAUGGAAAAACAUAUCAAGGCCUUGUUCUCCUUUCUUACAGCUUCAAAAACGUCAACAUUUCGUGGACAGUGCAGAUAUAUAUUCAUUUCAAGAUCUGAUCGACCUCAAUAAUGACGUGCUGUUACCAGAAGUCUCAAAGAUACAUGCUCUGUUCUUGGCUCAUAUCAAGGCAGAUUGCGAGUUAUGUCGCGCGCGAGGAUUUAUAUGUGAAGUCUGUCAAGACUCAGGCGAUAUUAUUUUUGCCUUUGAUCCGCACGUGGUCAAAUGCACCAACUGUUCAGCGGUGUUUCACAAGUAAGUAUGAAAAUGGAUAUACUCGAUUUACCCCGCUCCCCCCCAAUUGCUAGGUUACGAAACAGUUGAAACUUAUAGGUGCAAGCAAAUUAAACGAAAUGUAUAUACCACUAUUUUCUCACUCUGAUAACUGCUGAUUCACCUGCACCAUAUACAGUAGCCUGCGAACAGGCGUUCUCCUCGAGGGGUUCCUAUAAACGCCUGUUCGCAGGCUACAUAUGCAGGGCAUACCAUAAUUUUAAACUUUAUACCGUAUUAAUAUUUUGUUGUACAGGGUCUGUUUUAAGCCUGAAGACUGCCCUAAAUGUGAACGCAAGAAAAAGGUUGCUGAGCAAACGUAGCUUACGGAGUUUUUGUACAAUUCUGUACAACAAAUUAUAGACACGCGUGCUGUGUAGAAUUAGUGACAGUGUAUGAGCAAAAUACAUACGCAAUACAUCCUCUUCAUUUGUAUGAUGUAUAUCAUCAUACGGUCAUCCUUGAAUCUGAUGUAUAUCAUCAAACAGGUGCACUUUUAUGUAUGAUAUAUAUCUUGAUGUAUAUCAUCAUACUGACACAUCGAUAACUUGAUCCUCACCCGAUCUCCCACUCUAACCCCUCCUAACCGGAGACGCCUAACCCAUCUAAGCCCCCCCCCCCCCUUCAUCCUGAUGGUGAGUGGGGACCGGAAACCCCUCACCCCGACUUACCUCCCUUCUAAGGCGAUUAUUUAAAUAGAUUAAAGUGUUGUCUUAGGUUUAUAGAUUUAAGUAUGACCGUAUGAUGAUAUACAUCAUAAAAAUGAAGAGACCAUGUUGCAAUACGGGUGUUAAAAUUAAUUUUUGAUAAAAAUGUAAUUAAGACUAAGGUUAAAAUGUAUUUAUGAUUGAGAUAAAUUAAUAAAAUAUUCUUCAAAAA